AUGACAACCUCAAGAAAGGGUUCAUCAGGCCAUCCACCUCCCCUGCAAGCGCAGGGAUGUUCUUUUGUGAAGAAUAAAGAUGGUGCCCUGCGACCCAUAAUCGACUACCGGGGGCUCAACAAGAUAACCGUUAAAAACCGGUACCCACUACCUCUUCUCCCCGAACUCAUUGAGAGGUUACAGACUGCCCGAAUCUACACCAAACUGGAUCUCCGAGGAGCAUACAAUCCAAUACGGAUUCGGGCAGGGGACGAGUGGAAAACCACGUUCAAGACUAGGUAUGGUCUUUUUGAGUACACUGUGAUGCCUUUUGGGUUGUGUAAUGCACCUGCCACUUUCCAACAUUUCGUGAAUGACAUCUUCAGGGACCUGCUAGACAUCUGUGUCAUCAUAUACCUGGAUGACAUCCUGGUGUACUCAAACAGCCCAUUAGAGCAUUGA